AUGAGGAGAAGUUAUGCGCUGAAAACGAUCGUGUUUCAUUCAUGUUCCAUUGGUGCAAAAGGUGUGCCACCGGUGAGAAGUUGUCAAUCAGUAGGAGCAAAAAACAUCAAAGUUAUAAAAGGACCAAAUUAUUUAUCAGCACUUGAUAUUGUUAAAGAAUAUGGCAUACCAAUUCAAAGAGUUUCAUUGAGUCGUGGACUUGCAUUAAAUCGCUUUGAAAAAGAUUUCUUUAUUUACCCGGAAUAUUCUGAUACGGAUGCAGCUGAGAGCAUGUUGCAGUUAGUAUCUGCACUCAAGAACGACAUCAAAGCAGCAGCUGAUCAAAAGGAUCUUCUUUGGGAUAAAUACAAACUCUCUUCGUACGCUGUUCCUAAGAAAUACGGUGGCGUCGAUUUGUGUUACAAAGAUCUUUUAACUAUUUGUGAAGGAUUAGGAUCCUAUUGGAAAUUUUAUUAUCGUUUCGAGCAAACUCAUCUGGCAGCAUCUCUUAUUCUGCUGUACGGCAACGACCUGCAGAAGUCACAUUAUCUACCGCGAAUUGCAUCAGGAGUAAUUCGACCUGUAAUUGGUUUUUCCAGAUCUGAAAUGGAUUCGAAUUCGGAAUCAGUGGCAUCUUUAUGUGAGCUUACUAAUGGCAAACAAAAACUGAUUGCAACAAAUCAUUUUAUCAAUGCAUCAGAUGCUAAUUUGCUUCUCGUAUUUGCUAAGCAGGGCAAAAAUAAUGUAGCAUGCUAUCUUAUUGAGAACAAAAAUGGAAGCAGUGCUACUUUUGAAAUGGGAACGAAAACUUCUAUUUUUGGGAGAAGUGGAUUAAAUGUUAAUUCAUGGGAUUUCAAGCAGAUGACUGUAAAACCAAGCUUGAUGUUAGGAAAACUUGAAGAUGGAAAAAAAAUCUUACAAGAAACACUGGUGAAGCGAAUUUCAUUUGGUGCUGCCGUCGUAGAUUCUUUGUCAGAAUACUGCAACGGAACAUUACACCAGAAUUUGCCAUUGGCAAAAAGGAAUCCUAUCAAGCAUUUGGUAACGAAACUUGCAUUAAAUACUUAUGUGCUUGAGUCAAUGUGCUAUUAUGUUGGUGGACUUCACGAUGAAGAAUUUAUAUUAUUGCUUGAUGUCGAGGAAGCAGUAAUACACAAGUAUGCUAGGCAUUUGCUUUCUGAAGCUAUAUCGUCGACUGUAGAUGUUAUUGGAGUGGAUGCUAUUACGUCUGAUAUGAAUUUCGAUGAACUGUUGAAUGAGAUAAUGUCAACUCUUUUACUUAGCAAUACUCAUUUGGAUCUUCAAGAUUUUGUGGCAACUCAAGUUAUAAUAUCGUACGCAAACACUAAUGCAGAUAGCAUAAAACAGUGGCGUUCUUUUGAUAAACGACUCUACGAGCGGAUUUUUGGCCAUGUGGAAAAAGCAAUCUCAUUUCAUGAUCCAAAGCUUCAACACUUUAUCGCAGAGCAUGCACAUCCAUCAUUGAAAGAAGCAUGCAUUAAUCUAGAACACACGAUGUGGAGAUUGGAAUCAUUGCUUAAUUUGCUUCUUUCGAGUCAUGGGAAAAGCAUCAUAUCCGAUUACAAUGUACUUGGAGCAAUUUCAAAAGUGAUCGAAUAUAAUUUUGGCAUGGUUACAACGAUAGCACGAUCAAGCCGAUCUUACUCUAUUGGUCUACGAAAUGGUGAUCUUGAAAUAUCUUGGGCGCAGCUGUAUUGUUCUGAAGCGGCCAACAUGUCAAUGGCUGAACUGAGGAAGCUUUAUGACUAUUUCCGAUUUGAACGAAUGAACUCUUUGCACUGCAAGAUCGGAGAGUCUGUUUUGGAUACUGGUGGAUACUGUAUAGAAAGUCCAAUUACUCGAAAUUGGUGA